GGAACGCACGACACGAGGCGGCACCAUACCACCCCGCCCUUUCCCCUCCACCGAGCUGAUGGAUCGAUCCCGAGAAGAUGAGCGCUCCCAGCCAAAUUUCACGUGCCUCUCCACCAUCCUGAUCGACUAUACCAGUGUUGUUUUCUAAACAUAUUCCCUCCCCUUUCUCCUCUGGUCGGCGUCGGCUUGCCAAAUUCCACAUUUCUCCCCUCAUCUUUCCCGAGCUAGCUCUCGAUCUUCCUGCGGUUUCAGUUCUUGGAUCGAGGCUUCCCUUUGUCCCUCGAUCUGCUUGGUGUUUCAGCAAUGGCGGAGCAGGUGGUGGCGGACCUCCGAGAGAGGUGCGCGACGCCGGCGUCACUGCUGCGCGACGUGGCGACGGAGAUGGCCGACGAGAUGCGCGCGGGACUGGAGAAGGAGGGUGGCAGCAGGGUCAAGAUGCUGCUCUCCUACGUUGACAAGCUCCCCACUGGGAGAGAGGAAGGUUUGUUCUAUGGAUUGGACCUAGGAGGGACAAACUUCCGCGUCUUGAAGGUGCAACUAGGUGGUAACGAUCAGCGUAUUGCUAACCGUGAGUCCAGAGCAGUCGCCAUUCCACCACAUUUGAUGUCAGGGAGCUCCUCGGAAUUGUUUGGUUUCAUUGCUUCUGAAUUAGCCAAGUUUGUUGCGGAUGAAGAUAAGGGUAAUAGCUUUUCAACUGGGAAGAAACGAGAACUAGGAUUCACAUUUUCUUUCCCAGUGAGGCAACACUCUAUUGCAUCGGGCACCCUUGUCAAGUGGACAAAGGCAUUUUGUAUAGAAGAUGCUGUGGGUGAAGAUGUAGCGGUUAAGCUGCAAACGGCUAUGGAGAAGAAAGGUGUAGACAUACAUGUGGCUGCACUGAUCAAUGACGCUGUUGGGACAUUGGCUGGAGCCAGAUACUAUGAUAAAGAUGUUAUUGCUGGUGUGAUAUUUGGUACUGGUACAAAUGCUGCCUAUGUUGAGAAGGCAAAUGCUAUACCAAAAUGGGAAGGAGAGCUGCCGGAGUCAGGGGAUAUGGUGAUUAAUAUGGAAUGGGGUAACUUCUAUUCAUGCCAUCUUCCAGUCACUGAAUACGAUCAAGCAUUAGAUAAGGAAAGCUUAAAUCCGGGGGAGCAGAUCUACGAGAAGUUAACCUCAGGAAUGUAUUUAGGUGAAAUAGUAAGGAGGGUAUUGCUUAAACUGUCCCUGCAAUCUGCAAUUUUUGGUGAAAUUGACCAUACUAAGCUCAAAACUCAUUUCCAUCUGCGGACUCCACAUAUUUCUGCAAUGCAUCAUGAUGAAACACCUGAUCUGAAGAUUGUGGCACAAAAACUGGAAGAAACCCUAGGGAUUGCAGGCACAUCCUUAGAGACGCGGGAAAUGGUCGUCAAAAUUAUUGACAUUAUCACAAGAAGGGCAGCCCGGUUGGCUGCAGCAGGCCUUACAGGGAUCCUCAAGAAGCUUGGGAGAGAUGGCUCCAUCGACAAGCGUCGGUCAGUCAUCGCCAUUGAUGGAGGAAUGUUCGAACACUAUGCCAAGUUCAGCAAGUGCUUGGCAACUACUCUAAGUGAACUGGUAGGAGAGGAGUUGUCUAAGUCAGUAGUCGUCAAACACGCAGAUGAAGGUCCGGGGAUCGGAGCUGCCCUGAUUGCUGCUUCCCAUUCUCAAUACGGAAAUGUCGAGGGGAACCCGGAUGUUAAAUAUUAGGCAAGAUACUUGUCAGACAUUUUUAGCUGCCCGUUUAAAUGGCAACUAGCUUCCCAACAUGUGCAGUUUACCAUGAUGGAACUGUAAGCGGUUUGUAACAAAAUUUGAGGCUAGAUGAGGUGUCCUUGGA